AAAACUUAUCAGGACGUAUAUCUAAAAACAGGACUGUUUACAUUUCUAACAUUUACAGGGUACUGUGAAAAACUUCCUUAUAGUUGAUUUAAUCAAUAGUCCCUUUCACAAAAUACUUGUACGCGUGAAUUUUCUGGAGACCAGGAAUGAAUUUAGAUAUGCACCAUGAUUGAAGCCGUUGCUCUAUAUUUUGUAUCGGAAGACUGCAACGCGUGGGCAAACUUUCUGAAGACGAAAUUAGGAGAGAAGGCUUAUGACAUUUGUGUUCACGACAUUGAAGCUUCUCAAGCUUCAGAAUGUAAGGAGGGUUACAAAGCUAACAUAAUAUUGGUGAGCCCUGGUUUUCUGGAACUUCCAGAUUACAACCACUUUAGCAAGUUUCCCGAGAAACAAGCUUUGGUAGUGUUACUCGGAGUAGAUGACCAAGAAUUUGAAGACACAUUGAAAGCAAGAGGAGGGGAACAAAUUCUAAAAAUUCCCUUAUUUGAAACCGAGGCUAACGAGAGUUCAGUGAGAUAUCUGCUGGUGGAAAUAAUAGACCUCUAUGAACAAAAUGUUGCUACGGAAAACGCUUUGCCUGAUCCCAGACUGCAAGAAGUGGUUCAUCAGCAGGACGGCGAUGUAAGUUUUGAGAGUGACAACGAUCCAUACGAUGUCCCUCCAUCUCCCAAACCUAUCGCUCCUCCGAAACUAUCCUCAGCAAACGAGCUGCAAAAAUUCAUUCUCAACGAAAAGAAAACUAUGUUACAAUUGUGCAAUUGUGCAACAAUGAGCGAAACCUUGAAAAUUAUCCAUGAAAGUCUCUCGAGUAUUUACGGUCAACCCGAAGGUGCCACUGCUGACACUGAGAUGAGUCAACAUCAAAUCUCCCUGACAUCCAUACACAAUCUACUGUCUCAAAUGAACUCUAAACUUAACAGUAUUCAGCUCAGAAGUGAUUCGAUCGAGACAAGGAUGUUAGCUAUGGAGAAUAAAAUGGAAUCGUUUAACAACCUCCAGAGAGACUUAAAUUCAGUUCAUACUCAUGUGGCCAACUUGGAUGAAGAAGUAUCAGUCCUCAAGAGAGAAGAAAAAGACUUCGAAAACAAUCCCACUGCACUAGGUAGCGUCUUUGAUUCUGUGCGGGAGACAUCGGAAGCGAAUAAAACAUAUUGUAAGUAACAAAAACCAAACAGAACAGUCUGCCAAAGACCUCAAAUCUUUAGAAAAAGAGCCGAUAUCCGUCAGAGAUUCUAACGACAAUCUUCAAAACUGUGAGGUCAACUUGAAAACGCGAUCCAUGAGAGACAAUCUUACAUUUUCCGGAUUGGCACGAAAACACAGAGCAAAUCCCACAGAACUUCAUCCAGAAAAAGUACAAGAUCGACUACGAGUUACCUUUCGAACGAAUGCGGGACGUUUCGCUCCUACGGACGAUUCGCCCCAGACGAUUCGCCCCGAAAGACGAUUCACACCAAGACGUUUCGCCCUCGGACGAUUCGCCCCAAGACGUUUCUCCCAAAAAGACAUUGAGCUUACAUUGAUGAUUGUCUGUUGUGCACUUAUUGCUUUCUUUAUUUUGUAGGAUAAUGUUUCUAAACAUCCAUACUACUUUAAAAAUAUUUUAAUAGUCUGCGUUAUAAAAAUAAUGAUGAAGGGAUUAACACUCUCAACAAACUAGGUAAGUGAUCUAAGCAAGAUUAAAGACAACUACCGCGAUGGCGGUACCACUUCAAAUAUGAAAUUGAUUACAUCUAUAAUUUGCGUUUGUCGCGAUCAAUCUUAAUUUGGAGGCGCUCCAGAUGUCAAUCCCCCGGAGAAUAUAAUGAGCUGACUCCUUUUAAUUAUUAGAUUUCGUUUAUAUACAUGUACUAUGAAAAUGAAAUAAAAAUAAUCUCAUCAGUCAGUAAUACCAGAUGAAAAAAUACACAAAAAAUAUGCAAAUACUAACAUGCAUGUCUUUCCUUACAAUAACACAAAUUACAACCAAUAUUCAAGGUUGAUCGAUCCUCAUGUGAUGUCAUAGGUUUUUAUAAAAAUCUUAAUAAAUUAAACUUUGCGCAUGAUAGAAAUCUUCCUGAGGAAUUUUAUUCACUGGAUAUAAUAAAAAAAAAUCUGGUAAACUAUUAAUACUGAAAAACUUUAUAUUUUCCACAGAUAAUCACUUAUUUAUUAUUUAAAAAAAUUGUUGUCAAGGGCAAUAGCUCCUAUGCUGGAAUUUCUUCUACUGGAUGUCUAUUAUACAUUGGUUUCCCUAAUAUUCACAAUUAAUCUAUACAUAUUUAUGAAUUAGCAGUUUUUCUAAUAACUGUUGAUAUUUAAAUUUUGUCAUUUCAACAAGUUUUUAUCUAUUUAUAUUAUUCUGUUUAACGAAAAUGUGUGAUUUUCUUAUGUUGAUAUAUACUUCUGUUUGUGUAUGUCUGACAUCUAUAAAAAGGUGGCAACAUAUACAUUUUCUUUGGUUAUUAAUUAAAUGAAACUAU